AUGAGACCUUCGCUUGUCCUGCGCGGCACGAACUACAAUCCGACCAAGGUUAACCUCAGACUGCGCAAGGCUUACCGGGGCUCGCGGACGCCCGUCCUGCCCCUCGCUCGCCGGCUGGCCGAUGGCGACUCUCGCAAAGGCGCAGCUGCAGCGCGUACGGACAUUGUGAACCCAGCUCUCUGCGAUGACAUCUUGUCCUACAUAGGUCCGUCGCUCAGCCAGUACAAGAACUGUGACAUCGUCGACGUAUGUCCAGGCGCCGGCCUGUGGUCCUCCAAACUCCACGACUUCCUCAAACCGAGACGCCAUGUGCUCCUCGAGCCCGAUAAGUUCUACACGCCCUUUCUCAAGCCUCUACUUGAGGCGCCUGGAUCCACGUACAUCGACGGCCCCGCUGGCGACGAAGCCUUGUCGUCGAUUGCCAACACUUUCCAUCAAGGUCUACUGCCUGACCAGCACCCCUUUCCCAAGGGGGAUCCUCGUCUGAACGAAACGAAUACCUCGCUGCUCUUGCUCCUGAAUCUCAGUGGCGUAAAAGCUUCUAGCAUUAAAAAAACCUACUUUGCCACCCGUGAAGUGCUCAACGUCCUCACAGGUACCGCUUCGACAGGUAGCGGCCUAGGUCGAUAUGGACAUGUGCGGAUGCUGGUAUGGGUUGGCGACUACUACAAGGAACGCAUGUUGCCGAACGAUUUGAAUCUGCUAGACGCCCAUAACCUCUCGAUUUACCAUCACACCCGAAUACACUUAAUAGCCGAUCGCCCUGGUCCAAGGGCUGCGCGGGAAGACACGACCGUGGAACUCGCCAGUGCCGUUCGCGCCGCUGACAAAAUGCGAUUGGCUGGCAUCGAAGUUCCGCCCCAUCGCCAGAACCGUUACCACCAGAUGGCCUUGUCCCUAUUGAAAGAUAGGGACGCUGAGGACGUUCAGGCGGAGUUGAGAGCGAAGAUCAUUCCGGACAAGUCUCCUCUCGAAGAAUUGCACGAGCUGCAGGAGCUGUUCAAAUCCAAGUCUCACUCAUGGACAAAUAUUGGCCCUUGGCGGGAGCGGCUGGACCACCUGCAAAAUGUCCUGGAAAAGUCUUUGAUGGAUAGACGACGGAACCAUCUCAAGUUCAUAGAAAAAUGGGCUGUCGCCGACGAGGUCAGCCGUCUUGAGGUCAUUAUCGGAGAUGAAAAUCGGCCUGCGCAGGAGCGUUUAGAGGCGAAAACGCACUGGGAAAAGCUCAAGGCUGAACUGGACAAAAAAGACUUUCGGGGCAGAGUGCUGGAACAACUCCUGCCUCUCGUCAUUGACCAUCGCAGAGCUUUCUACCAAAAUCCCUCACUCCUGGAGUGGGACAACCGACCUUUCGAGCCUCUUGCUACCAAGCAGAACGAGUUUUAUCCCCAGCAGAGCUUGUGUCUUGCUGAUUUCGAUCCAAAGCCUCGGGUGCGCGAACAGGCUCUCAAGGAUUUGGCCUAUUGGCAGCGUCUCACCUCCAGCCUGUUCCAACGCUAUGCUCACCCACUUGGGACUUCUCUGGACAAAUUGCGUCUCGGCUCAUCUGAAGCCAUUCUUCCUGAGUUACGAGCAGUCCGCGAUCCAAUGCGAGGGGGCUCGUUGGAUGUGAAUGACGUAAGAGUCCGCAGUCUCACUCUGGAAAUGCUUGACGAAGUUGUAGACGCUUGGAAAAAUUGGACCUUUCGACCAGCAGACUUGGAGAAACAGUUCACUAAAUCGAGACCCGAUUUUAGCGACUAUCUUGACGAGGGCACCCCUGAAGUGAGGAGCUUUUAUCUAUGA